AUGAGUUCAACUUUUGCAAACAGGAGGAAACCACGGAAGAUUGGUGGGGAUGAUGAGGAGGAAGACGGGGGGUCUGCCCCAGAGCCCGUCGUCAAACGGCCAACAAAAGCGAAGCCAAAAUCGAAACUGCGCAUGUCUUUUAACGCUGGUGGAACUUCAAUGGCCGAUGAAGAAGACGAACCCAGCGAAGUGGUUAUUCCAAAACGACUUGGCCUAGGCCGCAAGGCUGUGGAGCGCAGUGCCGCUCAGCGCAACCAACUUCCUUUAGGCGAUGCCGAGAAGCUCUCCGAACGCUUUGGUCAUGAUCAAGACCGACCGAGCUACAGCAGUGACUAUCUCAAAGAGCUCCGCGACUCAACUCCCUCUACGCCAAAACUCACCGAUGACGAGAAAGACAAGACAGUGGAUGUGGCCGCCAAGUUUGGCGAGCUUAUGACAGUUUCUGGUCAAUCGGCCAUCCCGAGCGCAGCCGAGAUUCGGGAAAAGAAAGCUAGAAGAGCACGCUUGGCCAUGGAACAUACCGCCAACUCCACAGAGGAGGACUUUAUGUCCCUUGAUGCUGGUGCUGUAAGCGACGAUGACUGGGACGCGAUAGCGCGGGGUGAAAAGGUGGCAGAGAAGGAGAAGGAUACACGACUCGUUCGGGACGAUGAGGAUUUCGCGGAGGGUUUCGAGGAAUAUGUGGAGGAUGGAAAGAUUUCACUGGGGAAGAAAGCAGAGCGUGAGCAAAAGCGCAAACAGCGUGAAGCCAUGCGUGAACUUAUCGACGAUGCUGAGGGGCUUUCUGAUGAGGAAGAUUCCGAUGUGGAAGAAAAGGCUGCCUAUGAAGCCACCCAGACGAAGGCCGCCAUCGGACAGAAGUCGGACAUUGAGCGGCCUCGGACACCUCCCAAGAUGACUUCUCUUCCUCGGUUAGCUAGCAGUUUUGACCGACUGCGUACUUCCUUGGCAGCAAUGGAAAAUGCUAAGACUCAGAUGAUCAGUCGGAUGGAGGACUUGCGAAAAGAGAAGGCCGACAUUGCGAUUCGCGAGGUGGAAAUCCAGGGCAUGAUAAAAGAGGCUGGAGACAUUUAUGAACGAUUGAAGAAGGAAGCCGGUAUCGCAAUCACAAAUGGAGAUGCAUCGGCUGGUGCUUUGGAGAAGUCGCGAGGUCUGGAAAGUAUCGGCGCGCCAUUACCAGCUUCAGAUUCCAGCUCCGAUGAAUCAUGA